GAUACGAUUUGUGAUUUGUAUGAAAAUCGGGCUCCACCAUGCGGCGUUCGCAUUGAAAAUUUCUGUUUUCCACUUGAUAAUAUUCGUUUGUAAUUAGUCAAUUGAUGCAGACGGCGCGGUUAUUACUUUAUAGUAGUAAUUCUCAUUACUCUACUGUUCGGGCUACUGAAAGGAUGGUUUACUGUUGAGCUUUGCGUUGCUCCUAUGCGCUUGAGUGAAUUUGAUAUAAUAGUGUGAAAGCAAAGGAAAUCAAUCGGAACAACAAGUAUUGAGGCCGGAUUUCGUGAAGUUAAACAAACAAUUUAGACGACUUACUAAGAGGAAUGUGAAUGCGUAAUGUCGAUAGCGUUGCAAAGGUCAUGCCGGUUCCGAAGUUCAUCUUUUCACUGACGAACGGGCGGUGAUUAAGUUUCGUACUUUUAAUGACCUCCCCUUGGUGCUCUAAAAUUCAUAGCCGGGUCUUAAUGAGCGUUUCGAAACAGAACAGUCAGUCAAAACUGUUCUAUCUGAAAACUAGUUGGAUUCUUACUUAUCUGCAACGGGUCGUGUAAAGUUAUUAUUUCUAUGUGGCAUUGUGCGAAUUGAGGACGGGUAUCGAGCCGGAAAAAUAAAACAAGAUUCGUUUAAGAUAAGAUAGUGCGUGCUGAGUGAUUCCUUGCUUAUGGCAUAUGGAGUUCAAUGAGUUGUGCUGCUUAGAUCUGAUAUGGAAAUAACUGUGGAUAACAGGAGAUGAAAAUUGUUUCCAGUGCUGAAAUUUUAAUAAUUAUCGUUAGCUAAUCGAAUGAUUGUUAAUUGUACUUAGUUAUCGUUUCCUUUUGGCUUAUCACCAUGACGUAAUGUGAUAUGAAAUUCUGCAAAAGCCAUAAAGCAGGCGGGUAGCAACUAACGCAUAAUAUGCUCUUUGGAACGGUGUGAAUUGUUACUAUUACUUCACCUUCAGACAGUGAAAUACAAAUUGUUACCUUAUCAUACUGCAAAUAUGAAUGCAAUACACGCAAAGUGGAUAAUUUUACUUUUCAUAUUAAUUCGGCCGUCAUUAGGCGAAAUUGCCAAUGAUAACGGUGUAGAUGAUUAUGUGGGUGAAAACUAUGAGGAGGACGAUUAUGACUAUGAUUUAAAUGAAAUACUCAAUGAGACUGAACCACCAACAACCUCCUCUACAACUACUCCAGCGCCUACAACUCGAUUUAGUUCCAGGACCAAAGCAACAACUCAAAGAAUUCCAAAACUUUUAGGAGGAACGUUUCAAGAUACUCCAAAUUAUGUUUGUCCGGAGGAAUGCAACUGUAAUUUCGACUUCACUUACAUCAAUUGUUCAAUGCGAAACCUUGAACAUGUGCCAUACGCGCUUCCACACGUAGUUGAAAAAUUAGAUUUAAGUAGCAACGUUAUAAAAAAAUUGGAACAAGGAGAUUUUUCUAGUUGUAGGAACUUGAAGGAACUGAUUUUAGAUAAUAAUCCAUUGGGCACUGUUGAUUUUACGAAAAUCUCAGGCCUUGAGAAACUACAAUACCUUUCCCUUGUAAAUAACCAUUUAUCGCAAAUCGACAGAAAUGCAUUUUCUAGUUUAUAUGCAUUGAGGACCUUGAACCUCAGUCACAAUCCAAUUGCCAUAUCCGCCAGUUCAUCAUCACAUUCGUUCCUCAAUCAGCCAAAUUUACAGGAGUUGAGUUUGAACAAAUGCAAAGUGCAUGGAAUUAAUGCUAACACGUUCAGUAAUUUAACUAGAUUGACCGCACUUGAUCUGGGGAAUAAUGAAUUCGAUGAGCAAAUCGAUAUAAAAGUGUUCGAACCUAUGAAAGACCUCGUGAAAUUAAAACUGCCUGAACUAGAGGAAAACACCAUCAGAGAAUUGUGUAAACUCCUAACAUCAAUUGAUAUAAUCAGCUUUCCAAAAUUCGAUAUAAGUUGUUUCGAGCUUGAAUCGGAUUCAUCAUUCGAUGAUAGUAUCAUUCCGAGACAAUCAUCCGAGGGCGAUGACAACGGUAUGCCCAGUACUGAUGACAAAGAUGGUUUGAAAUCCUUCGCUUCAAGAGAUAACUCGAGCAAUGCGGACAACAAAAACGGUGAAAAAUCGAUAAAAAGUGAGCAAGAAAGUGUUCCGAAGAGAAGGCGUCCUCCGUCAGCCAUGGAACCGACGCAGAGAAAUAGAACUCUAUCUGACAGUCUUUCAAAUGGCACCACACCAGCUAUAAAUCAACAAACAGACGAUUCUGGCGACGAGGAGGAGUAUAAGGUUGCGAUAUCAUCGCAAACAAUCAAUCAUAUCCUUAUUGGAAUAAUAAUAGUCGCAGUUGCUGGGAUUAUCAUUGGGAUCAUCUGUCGUCGGGAUAUUUGUGGUGUUAAAACGAAAAUGUGUCGUACAAGACGCCCGCCUCCGACAGACCAAGUCCGGCCUGCUGAAGAGAUACCAUUGAAUAAAGUUUAAGUUAAAAGUUAAGUGAUACAAACGCGAUAUAUGUAUUUAUGGAGCAAAUUGUAGAGAUACUAAGUUAAAGAUUAAUUAGAACUAUGAAACAUUAAUUUUUUAUAAAGACUAAUUUUAGAUUUCACUAAGGAGAUCGAAUACUGACAAGUGAAUAAAUUUUAGAGAAAAUUAUUAUUUAUUUUGUAAUAUAAAUCGUCAGUUUAGUAUUUAUCUACUUGCAAGAUUAAAGAAGGUUUCAUUUCUGUUUAGAGGAAUUUGUUAAAAACGAUAUUGUGUCAAAUUGUUCGGCAAUAAAUGAGGUGUUGAGAUA